UCGUCUUCACCAGUAAUUUCAUAGCAGAGUUUUUUCCUUCAGCUGAGAAAACUUGAAAAAAGGCAGAAAUGAGUCUCUCUGGAAAGGACAAGACCGUAGUGAAGGCUUUCUGGGACAAAGUGUCCCCUAAAACUGCUGAGAUAGGGGGCGAGGCCCUGGUCAGGAUGCUGACUGCAUACCCGCAAACCAAGACCUACUUUUCACACUGGUCUGAUCUGAGCCCUGAGUCUGCACAGGUGAAGAAGCAUGGGGCUACAAUCAUGGGAGCCAUUGCGGACGCUGUCUCAAAGAUCGAUGACUUGACUGGUGGUUUGUCCAAGCUCAGCGAGCUGCAUGCCUUCAAGCUCCGAGUGGACCCUGCCAACUUCAGGAUCCUCGCUCACAACAUCAUCCUGGUGCUGGCCAUGUACUACCCCAAUGAAUUCACCCCUGAGGUCCAUGUCUCCGUUGACAAGUUCCUGCAGAACUUGGCCCUGGCUCUGUCUGAGAAAUACCGCUAAGAUCCAGCCAUUCAGGAGGACCGACUGCACAAUAAACUGCAAGUCAUCCAAGAAAAAACUUAAACACCACCUUGGAACUUAAAAGGUUGGCUGAAUAAAUCAAAUAAAUAAUAAUGGUCCAUAAAAA